UUUUCAAUGAGUGUGGAAGGACAGCAACCGUCCUUAUGUUUUGUAAAUCUGUGAAUUGAAUUUUCUCUUGCAAGUCUGACAACCAUGUGCUUUACCUGAAUAGUCGCACGAGCCAGUCGUACAAUUGCAUGUAUUUCAUACCCUAUAUCUGAUGAGUGUGAAAGUUUGUCACUUGUUCUGACAACGCACGCAUCGUUUCACAGGUUUACAGUAGGUUAUAAAUAUGGACGAAUCUGUUCAACUCGUUGGAAACGAGACGGAAACGGAGAGGAAGCGAAAGUCAGUAGCUCAGAUAGACUACAAACAAGAAGAGAUCAAAAGACAGAAGCACAUGAAGACAGUAGCUGUCUUGGGCGAGGAAGACGCAUCUGUAAAACUAUUAGAAGAUCUUGUUUUCGGAGCAGAAGAUGACCUUGUGGAAAGACUCGCGGAGGAGAGGGGCAACGAGGGCUCCACUCUUCUGGACGACGAAGAAUCCAGCGAUUCCGAUGAAGAAAACGAGUCAAGGUUGCGGCUCCCGCCGGUGAAGAAAGCCGUUUGGGAGGAUGAGGAUGAUCAGGCGGAAGAAGAAGUGGACAUGACACACAGGUUUCGUAGAGACCUCACGAAAGGCUCGGCGGAAGCCAAGAUGUCGAAACAAAAGUUACAGCUGAGAAUGAAGGAACAGUUCCAGAAGGCCAUGGGAGGAGCUCCAUCCUGGGCAGAGACCAAAGUGAAGAAGAAAAGCAGGAGAAAAGCUGACGAUGAUGACGACGAAGACGAGAAGGAGGAUGAUGAUGAUGACCUUCUGAGGAAGACGGGGAACUUUGUGGGGUCUUCUGAGAGUCUGCCUAAAGGAAUCAUCCGGAUGAAGAAGUGUCUCCAUGCCAAUAACGCCCGCCCCUCAGACGGUCAACUGACCACGGUCCAGUUCCACCCCUCCGCCCAGGUCGUCAUGACCGCAGGGAUGGACCGGUCCAUCUCUCUUUUCCAGGUGGAUGGGAAGAGCAACCCGAAGAUCCAGAGUAUCCACCUGGAGAGGUUCCCGGUGCACAAGGCCCGCUUCAGCGUGGACGGGGAGCAGGUGGUGGCCACCAGCUUCAGGAACAAGCUCUUCUACCUGUACGACAUGAUGGAGGGCAAGGUUGUCCCUGUUCACUCUGUCAGAGGUCUGAAUGAGCAGAGGGUGAAGGAGUUCGAGGUGUCCCCUGAUGGAGAUUCUCUCCUCCUCACCGGCACGUCUGGGUACCUGCACGUCUUAACCUUGAAGACCAAGGAGGUGGUGAGGAGCAUGAAGAUUAACGGCGAGGUCAGCGGAGUGGCGUACUCUCACGACGGCAGCAAGGUCUUCGCCAGCUCUGAGGAAGGAGAGGUGUACGUGUGGGACAGCAGGAGCAGCAGGUGUCUGGGGAGGUUCACGGACGAAGGCUGCAUCAGAGGGACCUCCAUGACUGCCUCGCCCAACGGACACUACCUGGCCUGCGGCUCCCAGUCUGGCGUGGUGAACAUCUACUCUCAGGAGGCGUGUCUAAGAGAGACCAAUCCCAAGCCUCUGAAGGCCGUCAUGAACCUGGUGAACUCGGCGACCUCGCUGUGCUUCAACCCGACCUCCGAGAUCCUCGCCAUCGCCUCCCGCUUUGACAACGAGGCCGUUCGAUUGGUCCAUCUCCCGAGCUACACCGUGUUCUCCAACUUCCCCCUGUUCCACAGGAAGACCCUGUACCACGCCCACAGUCUGGCCUUCUCCCCGCACAGCGGCUUCUUCUCUCUGGCAAACAACAAGGGCUACGCCCCUCUCUUCAGGUUGUUGCAUUACAAAAACUUUUGAAGAGGGACAUCCGUGACCAGGAGGAGCUGCAAGAACCUUUCGGUUUACACCCCUUCGUGGGAGGGAGGUUUGGAGAAGGGGAUUGCUUGCUACAUCAACGGAACAUAUUGGUUGAUAUUCUCCUAUACUUUUAUUUUGCCUUUUCUGUGUCCGAUGUUUAGAAAACACAACUUGUAUAUAGGUAUGUGUGGAAGAUGCAAUAAAUAAUAUCCUCUACUU